AUGCCUUCACCAAGACGGGCUCGAUUAAUCGCCCUUGCGAUAAUCGCAAUCCUAGUCCUAACAUUCUACUACUCGGGCGAGGGAAGCAGUAUCCAAAACCAACAGUUCUACAAAUCUACAUUGGAAGCUAUGAAGGCCAAGGAGGAUGCGAAGCAGGUGGCGAAAGAAGCGCUCAAGGUUAAACCGGCCGAUGUGGAGAAGGCGGCUGUUCCUGUUGCCAAUGUUGCGAGUGAGGAGAUGGAGGAGAUUCCUAUUGCGGGGAGGACGAAGAUGACUGUUCCCAAGAAACAAGAGGCUUUGGGUUCUGAGCAGGUUGUACCUGUACCUGCCUCCGGGUCUGGAUCUGGAGUUGGAUCUGGAUCGAGUUCCGAGUCGGAAACAAAGAAGACCGAGGAGGAAGAGGAGGAGGAAGAGAAAUUGGACGCGAAGGCUGAGUUGAAUGAUAUUCUCAAGCGCGCACCAAUUAUCAUCUUCUCGAAAUCAUACUGUCCUUACAGCAAGAAAGCGAAGCAUAUCCUCCUGGAAGGAUACACCAUCUCGCCGAAACCCUUCGUCAUCGAAUUAGAUCAACAUCCUAUCGGAGCGGAUCUCCAGGCCCUACUGGCUCAGAAUACGGGUCGUCGUACCGUGCCGAAUAUCCUGGUCAAUGGGAAGAGUAUUGGUGGCGGUGAUGACAUCGCGGCGUUGGAUCAGAGUGAUGAUCUUGCGUCGACGUUGAAGCAGUAUGGUGGGAAGUGGAUUUCGGAUAUUACUCGUGGUCCUCCGAAGCAUGAGCUAAGCGACGCACAAUCCCGUGACGUGCAAUUUCGCUCCACCAACAACUCCAACCCGAAAUUUGAUCCUCCCGACAUCGACAAUUCACCCCCUCGGCCAACACCAACCCACGCAGUCAAGAUGCGGUACAUUCACUCCGAGGAACGGCUGCCCAUUCCGGACAAUGUGAAGGUUCACAUUCGUUCGCGCACUGUGACCGUCGAGGGUCCCCGUGGCAAGCUCGUCAAGGACCUCUCCCACAUUGCCGUCACCUUCGGCCGUCCUGAGCCCAACGUCAUCUCCAUCGAGCUGCACCACGGUGCUCGCAAGGGUGUUGCUACCCUCCGUACCGUCCGCACCCUCAUCAACAACCUGAUCAUCGGUGUUACCCGCGGUUUCCUCUACAAGAUGCGUUACGUCUACGCUCACUUUCCCAUCAACGUGAACAUUGAGAAGAACGCUGAGACCGGCCGCGCUGAGGUUGAGAUCCGUAACUUCCUCGGUGAGAAGUACGUCCGCCGCGUGACUGCCCAGGCUGGUGUUGAGAUCGCUCCCUCCGCCAACGUUAAGGAUGAGCUCCAGCUCUCCGGUAACUCCCUCGAGGGUGUCUCCCAGAGCGCUGCCGACAUCCAGCAGAUCUGCCGUGUCCGUAACAAGGAUAUCCGUAAGUUCUUGGACGGUCUGUACGUGUCGGAGAAGGGCAACAUUAUUCAGGAGUAA